AUGGGUAAGAACGGAGUUGGCAUCUUGGUGUACAAGGACCUCAGAGAGCUAGUGGUAGAUGUUAGUCGGGUGAAUGAUAGACUGAUGACUAUUAAGUUAGUGGUUGAAAGGCACACUUUGAAAGUUAUUAGUGCUUACGCACCCCAAAUGGGCCUUGACAAAGAGGUUAAAAGGUAUAUCGGGAAGUCAGCUGGGAGCAAUGAAGAGGUGCAUGGCGGCUUUGGUUUUGGGGUUAGAAAUGGAGGAGGUACUUCGUUGUUGGUUUUCACUAAGGCGUUUGAUUUGUGGUGGGACAAGGAGGUCCAAAGGAAAGUAGAAGUGAAGAAAGCGGCAUAUUUGAAGCUAGUAGAGAGCACUGACGAGGAGGAGAAGAGGACCAUCAGAGAAGGGUAUAAGAAGGCUAAGAAGGAGGCGAAGCUGGCGGUCAUGGAGGCUAAGACUAUAGGGUUUGCCUGUUUGUAUGAAGAACUGAGGGAUAAAAGCAAGGUCAUAAAGUUGUUUCGGAUGGCUAAGGUGAGAGAGAGGAAAUCUCAUCAUCUGGACCAAGUGAGGUACAUCAAAGACGAGGAGGGAUGA